CGACGCUUCUGAUUGGACAAGCAAACAGGAAGCCACGUUGGUCAAGAGAAAGUAGCUUUGUGUGGCAAUGUUAACAGGUCGCGAAAUUAUUCUGCUAAAUUUACUUGACUUUAAUGAAAAUUUUUGUUUGCACGUAUAGCAAAGAUGGCUUGCUUCUUUAGAAGAAAAAUUGCUGCGAAGCUGGCACGGACGCUACAGCAGUCUGAGGAUGUGUUCAUACCAAGUUUAACUGCAGUUCCCCCUCUCAAGAAACAGCAGAGUGGGGCUGACUUAAGGUUGUCACUCAGCACGUUACGAGUCGAAGGGAUUUUACCCUCCAGUGGAGACAUUCAGCUGCAGACAGAAAACUUAGCUGCUCAGUUGAAGCAGGACAGUGUGGUGGAAGACAUUUCCACUGGACAUGCAGUCAUUAACUUUAAAGUUAAUCGUGGUCUUCUAGCAGAGAAAGUUUUGGAACCCUUUGCGAAAGGAGACGAUGACAAUUUUGGGUUAAACAGUGAGCUUUUAAAUUCUCUGCCGAGAGGGACGACGUUAGUGGAAUAUAGCUCUCCAAACAUUGCAAAAAAGUUCCAUGCUGGGCAUCUGCGUUCCACAAUAAUUGGUAACUUCAUUGCCAACCUAAAACAAUCUCUUGGAAACAAUGUUAUAAGAAUGAACUACCUUGGAGACUGGGGAAUGCAGUUUGGUUUAUUAGGAGCCGGGUUCAAACAGUUUGGAUGUGUGGAAAAAUUAAAAGACAAUCCUUUACAGCAUCUGUUUGAGGUUUAUGUUAAAGUGAAUAAAGAAGUAGAGCACAGUGAAGAUAUGAAGCAAGCUGCAAGAGAUUUUUUUAGACAACUGGAGCAGCACGAGAGCCAGGCUGUGACGUUAUGGCAACAGUUCAGAGAGCUGACAGUGAAGGAGUAUCAGCAGGUUUACAAGCGGUUAGGAGUCCACUUUGACAUUUACAGCGGGGAAUCGUUUCACCAAGACCAGGCUCAGGAGGUCGUUCAGGAGCUGCAGAGGCGAGGCCUGUUGAAAGUCUCAGAGAGGGGUACAAGAGUAGUUGAUCUCUCCCCAGAAGGAGACAUGACCAACGUUUGUACGUUACUCCGCAGUGACGGCACAACUCUCUACAUCACCAGAGACAUCGCUGCUGCCAUCAGCCGGAGGGAAACGCACGGUUUUGAUGAGAUGAUUUAUGUGACUGACAAAAGCCAAGAAAAUCACUUCAGCCAGUUGUUCCAGAUCCUCGUCACUAUGGGACACUCUUGGGCUGAAAGGUGUCGGCACGUGUCCUUUGGUCUGGUGCAGGGCAUGAAGACUAGAACCGGUGACGUGGUGUUUCUGGAGGACGUGCUGGAUGAAGCUCGGGCUAGGAUGCUCCACAACAUGAACCAAACCAGCACUUCAAAGGAACUGGAAAACCCAGAGGACACAGCAGAGAGGGUAGGAAUCAGCGCGCUAAUAGUCCAGGACUUUAAAGGUCCCCUGCAGGGAGAUUAUAAGUUUGACUGGGACCGGAUGCUGCAGGCCCGGGGCGACACUGGCGUCUUCCUACAAUACACACACGCUCGACUCUGCAGUUUGAUAAGGAGGAAUGAAGGUGCGGAGGCUGGAACGUUCAACCCUUCCCUUCUACAGGAGCAGACCAGCAUCAACAUUCUGCAGCAACUUCUCCGUUAUGAUGAAAUUCUGCAUCAGUCUUCCAAAGAUCUGCAGCCCAGACACCUUGUCACGUUCCUACUGAAACUCUGCCACUUUGUUGCUUCAGCUCACACAGAGCUCCCAGUGGCCGGAAGUCCUCAAGAUGUUGCGCAGGCAAGGUUACGACUGUUCAGGGCGGCCCGCUCAGUCCUGGCCAACGGGAUGAAGAUUCUGGGCAUCACCCCGGUUCCUAAAAUGUAAACUUAUAAUCGUAAACAGUGGCAAAUGUGAACACAAACCUCUGCUCGAACAAGACACAACUUUUUUUGGGGAUUAAACAAGAUUUUUUUCCUAA